UCCUCCCCGAAUAAGCUUUAACUGCACAUUAAAAUUUUAAAAUAUGUGCAGCAGAACGGCACCGUUUGACUUAGCGAUUUGCAGAUUUAAAUCUUGAUAUAUUAUUAUGUAGUACGAGAUAAAAUAAACUAGGAAUUUGACAGUCAAUGCUCGCAAGAAGUGAAGCAAAAAACAGGCCUUAUUUGUUUGGUAGCUGUUGUCUGCAGCAUCCCUAUUUUGAAACUCUUCUCCAUUUCACACACUCUCAUCCAUCUCCCUAUAAAAUCCAAACCUACCCAUUUCUAGCUUCUUCACUUACUCCCUUCUCCAUCAGAUAGAGAGAAGAAGAAGAAGAAGAAAGUGAAAUGGCGGUCAGUUCUAGAGGGAAAAUGACAGAGUUCGGGGGAAUUGUUUCAAGGAAGUGGAAUGAUAGAGAAAUAAGCCCAGAAAGAAACAAAGUCUGGAUUGAACCCAAGCCUCACAACAACAAGUCUUCCCUCACUGAAAGAAAGGUUUCUGUUGUUUAUUAUUUGUCUAGGAGUGGUCAGCUUGAACAACCUCAUUUCAUGGAAGUUCCUCUCUCUUCUAAUGAUGGACUUUAUCUCAAAGAUGUAAUCAACCGCCUAAACCUCCUUCGAGGCAAAGGCAUGGCUAGUCUAUACUCUUGGUCUUCCAAACGGAGCUACAAAAACGGAUUCGUUUGGCACGACUUAGCAGAAAACGAUUUCAUUUACCCGUCUCAUGGCCAAGAAUACAUUCUCAAAGGAUCGGAGAUUCUCGACCACACGAUCAACUCUCAAGCACUUGACAUAACGUCGUCUUCUUUUCGAUUACCAAAACCGGCGGAGUCUCAGAAGUCAGAGAACGAGCAUGAUUUUCCGUCAAUAAGACGGCGGAGGAAUCAGUCUUGGAGUUCCAUUGAUCUCCAUGAGUACAAAGUUUACAAGUCUGAGUCGAGACCCGAAUCAAUCGGGAGAAUCGCUGCUGAUGCGUCGACUCAGACUGAUGAUAAGAGGAGAAGAAGAAAAGCGUUGGUUAAGGAACCGGAAAUCGAAGAGCUAGAAAGUACUGAAAGUCAAAGUCAAGAGUUGGAGCUGAAUCAUACUACGGAGCUGAGUAGGGAAGAGAUUUCACCUCCACCGUCGGAUUCAAGCCCGGAGACAUUGGAAUCCUUAAUGAAAGCUGAUGGACGGUUGAGAUUGGGCAACGGUGGUGGUAGUAACGAAGAUAGCUUGAACCGUACGGCUGAGGGUUGCCCAAGUGGGAGGAUUAAGGCGUCGUCCGUUUUGAUGCAGUUGGUAUCGUGCGGUUCGAUGUCGUUUAAGGAUUGUGGAGCCAGCUCAGAGAAGGAUGAAGGGUUCUUGUUCAUUGGACAUUACAAAUCGAGGUUACCACGCGGGGCAGGGAAUUGUAGCCAGGUGGGAAAAGAAGCAGGGAUUGAGAGGGAAACGGGGAGCUUCUCAAGGGUAAGCUUGGAAGAUAAAGAGUAUUUUAGUGGUAGCUUGAUUGAGACCAAGAAAGAGGAGAUCCCUAACUUGAAGAGAUCUUCUUCUUACAAUGCUGAUAGCAGGAGCUCGCAGUUGCAGCUGGCUGGAAAGGAGAUGGACGGAGUGCGUACAAAGUGCAUACCGAGGAAGCCGAGAACUUAGUGAUGGAAGAAAAAAGUCAACACCGUCGCAUGACACCAAUUAAAGUAGAAGCUAUAAUUGAAAGACGCGAUGUCUAGAUCUGAAUUACUUAUGUGAAUUGUAGUAAUUUGUAGUUUCGUAACUAAACAGUGAGAACUGUUGGGAAUAGCAAUGGCAAAUUAUUUAUAGAGCAAGCUGCUUAGCGGACGGUUUGCCUUCGCAAUGAUAGGAAGCGCAGGGUUGGGUGAUUGGUGCCUUGGUUUUUGUGGGAGUGGCUAAGUCUUGUUGUCGGUGCACGGGCGAUAACCUCUAGUUGUGAUAUGUCCUUUUUGACACUAAUUUAGUUCGACUCUGAAUUAAAACAUAGGAAAUGGAAUUUCAUCUA